AUGUUGGGGUCACAAAAACGAAAAUAUCCUUGCAUGAAAAUAUCUAAUAAUAAGAAAGUGAACCUAAUAAAAAAACAGUUUUGUGUUGAUGGUGUAGUGUUUGUAGUACUUGUACUUGCCACACUCUUCACAAGAAAAAAACCGUCCUGUAUUACACUGAAUUUUGUCCACAGGAAUGAACACGAAGGAUUGAACGAAAAUGUUCCUACCAAAAUUGAAACACAACAAUUGGUAAAACCUCAGACAACAGUAUACGAGACCUGCAAUGAAAAUUUAGAAACUUUAGUAACAGUGGAACCUCGUUACUUGCAACUCAGUCCAGUAGUUUAUAAAGCAGAGAAACAUGAAACUGUAGAAACACUAAAUGAGAAACAAGAAGAAAUCAACCAGGAGAUAGAAGGAGAAGACGAGCAUUCAGAGGAAAAGUUAUCAACUUGUUAUGGAUGUCAGACCUGUCAGAUGGUAUUCCUUACCGAACAGGAGAUGGUUGUUCACCUAGCAGAGGUUCACCCCGAAGAGGACUUUCAACCAGACGUGCAGAAAAACAGCAAAAAGGACAAAAGGAAGAACUCAAAAAUCGACCAAGAUCUCGUAAACUCCGCAAAAAUUAUUGUCGACGGUAAAAUCUACUACAACUGCAAAGAGUGUGGCAGGUGUCUCCAUUCACCUUACACUUAUGUGUGGCACAUGCGCAUACAUACCGGAGAACGCCCCCACACGUGCCAUCUGUGCGGAAAGUGUUUCAGAGUCUCUCAAGGCCUGGUGCGCCACUUGAAAGAAACCCACCAGGGAAUCAAGAAUUUCCCUUGCGAUUUGUGCGGGAGAAUGUUCGCGACUCGUCGCAACGUAGAAGAACAUCGGAGGAUUCACACCAAUGAACGUCCUUACGUGUGCGAUCUGUGCGGAAAGUCCUUCAAGCAAAAAGCAUCGUUAUUUGUGCACAACCGUUCUCAUACCGACUCGUUUCCGUUCAAGUGUUCAUACUGUGAGCAAGCUUUCAGGACUAAGCCACCUCUGAAGAUACACAUCACGAAACACACCGGGGAGAAGCCCUACCCGUGCGAUAUUUGUGGGAGGCAUUUCAGGAUCAAAUACGAGCUGAAGAGGCAUAGGUUGAUUCAUUCGGAUGAAAAACCUUUCGCUUGUGUCAUGUGCGGAUUGAGUUUCAAACAGAAACGGUACUUGAAGAAUCACAACAAGCUGAACCAUAGUACUCUGGAUACUUAG